CUGCUUUUAAACCAUGUGGUAUUUUAGCGCUGAAUUCAUGAAGGUUGGGUUACUGCACAGAAAAGGAAAUUAAGGCUUUCAGAAGAGUAUAUAACUGUCAGCUCUGUUUGACCCAGAGGUUUCUCAGAAAGCUCUCAUCAUGUACGUGUUGGUGGUCAUCUCUCUACUGCUGAGCUCUGUUCCUGCUCAGAGUCGUACUAUUCAGGAUUUAAUUGAAAAUAUCUCCGGGCAGACUGGUGACAUCACUGAGAAAGAUGACAUACCAGUGUCAACUAUAAUUGAAACCAACAAAAAUGCAGGACAGGAACUGGAUGAGCCUUUGAUCAAGUUUGGAGACAUUGCCGUAGCAAGCGGGCUCGAGAAUGCAGAUCCAUGUACUGCUCGUGGGUGCAAAUGGGAUAGAAGCAGAGAUGGAAAGGUCUAUGUGCCCUACGUCAUCUCCAAGCAGUACUCUCCAGCUGAAGUAAGUGUGAUUAAAAGAGGUAUGCAGUCUUUUGCGGAGGUUUCCUGCAUUCGAUUCGUACCUCAUCAAGGGCAGAGGAACUUUCUCGACAUACAGUCUAAAUCUGGAUGCUAUUCAUAUUUGGGCCGCCAACGUGAAGGACAGGUUGUUUCUCUCCAGCGCCCUGGGUGUAUCUCUCAACGUACUGUUCAGCACGAACUCCUUCAUGCUCUCGGGUUUCAUCAUGAACAGAACCGCAGUGACCGUCGCAAACACAUCCGAAUCCUUUAUGAGAACAUCAUUCCUGAAAAGCAGCACAAUUUCAAAAGAGCAGAAACCAACAAUCUGGGUACCCCCUAUGACUACAACUCUGUGAUGCACUAUUCAAGGUACGCUUUCUCCAGGAAUAACGAGCCAACCAUGAUUCCCAUUCCUGACAGUAACGUUGUGAUUGGUAAAGCUAAAAAAAUGAGCCCCAAUGACAUCCUACGCAUUAACAGACUCUACUGCAGUUAAGAAAAGUGCUGAUGGGCUGUAUGAAGAAUGUGUUUGAUGGCUAAGUUCAUCCCUUUUUUAUAGCAUUCUUUUUUAAGCUUUCCUUAUUGCACAUCACAGUGUCAAGUGAUUUUACUUAUUCUAUUAUUUUGCAUCCUAAAAUCAGAUGCCUCUCAGUACAUAAAAGAUAAUAAGAUAAUGAUAUUAAUGAUAAUAAAAGAUAAUAAUGUUCCAGUAUCAGAUGCUUGUGACAAAUCAACAAAAGGAGCAAAAAAUGUGAACUCAAAAUGUUCUUUAAAACGAGAUGUUGCUAAAAAAAAAAAAAAAAAAAAAAAAAAAAAAACACCCAUAUGAUUGAUGGCUUCUGUGGCAGGAAUAUUUUUUUUUUUAUAACAGCUUGUCUUUCUUUUUUUGGCAAUCCUUUUUCAGUAGUAAAGCUGAUGAAUGCAAUAAA